AUUGAUUUAAUCUUUAUAUAAUUUAUUUAAUAUUUUUAGAUAAAAAUUUCAUAAUAUAGACUUUCAACUAUUGAAUAAUGACACACAUUCAACCUUUAUUGAAUAUGUAUCCUUUAAUCCAUAUAUUAACUCAUUAUUUAUUGAAUAAUUAGUACAUUUUAGUGUGUAAAGGGUGUUUAAGUGGAGGAAUCAUGAGACUUUGUACUAAGGAGUCUGGAAGGCUGACGCACUUUGAUGCAUUCCCUGGAUUCCCUGUGUACCUAGGUGAAAUUGGGAAGACUCCAGUCCUGGGAUCUGAGGAUGAUUUUUGAGAUUUAAAAGCAAGCUUCUCCGUACUUAAGUGAGCUUUUGUGUUUUUAAAGCCUAAAUGACUGGAUUUAUCCACUAUCUGGACGAAAACUGUAAUUAUAACCCAAACCCCUUUUUAGUAAGUGCUAGGGGAGAUGACUCUAGUAGGGAAAAGGUUUGUUUUACUCCGGAACUGGGUGAAGUUGCACACCUAUCUCCCAAGACUGUAAAACAGCCUGUAACGGGCGCUAAUUUGAGAAAUUCUGACGUUCCUAGAUACCAUAAUAAGCUUUUCAAGAACCCUGAAGGCCUUAAGGAGCGAAGUGUGUUUGAGAGGCUAACUGACCACAGGUUCUUCACUGGCAGCCACAGGGAAAGAUUUGAUGAAAGCGGCCGAGGUAGGGGCCUUGCCGGUCGUGAGAAUCUAUUCUUAUUUGACGGAAGUACUGAGUCUUACAGUCGCGUUCAUGAGGUUUAUUCCUCUGUUCUACCACGACAGAAGGGUCCUGUAAUUCCUCCAAACACUCUCGGGGUUAGGAAAUUUGGUGUCCAAAUUCAGCCUCCAAAACUCGUUUGGCUUUAUCGCAACGGUGAUAAACAUCACGACGGUGUUUCCUUCUACAUCAGACCCUAUAUACGCACCAUGAAAACUCUGCUAAUUGAAAUUGGAAAGGAGUUAACUCUUAUAGCUGGUCCAGUUCGUAAGAUUUAUGACCAGAAUUUGAGGCCUGUGACUGACUUGGAGCAUUUCGUUGAUGGCGCUAAAUACCUUUGUACCUCAGGGGAGCCGCCUGCUUCUGCUGAAAAACUUGAAAAGUUCAUGAGUGAAUGGGUGGUUCAGAAACUUUUCUAAUCCUUACUAAUACAUAUUAUAUAUGGUAUUGCAUUAUUCUUUUACUCAAAAAC